AUGGCGUUCUACACCACCCGGGUUGACGAUAAUGGUAAUGAAAUUGAACGUCGUCAUUCGGCACGUAGCUUGGCAAUUUCCCUUAGUGCUAGUAGCACAAGUACUAAUACGUCUCGCGUCAACCUAAGUUCACGAAGUUGCGAAACAAAGGCUAGCGUCAGAUACAUCAAUCCUGCAGCUUUUAUAGAAAAAACACCAGAUCAAAGUGAGACUAGUAGUAUAAACGAAGAGAGUAAACUACAACCACCAUCGGAGAAUCAGAGCGAUAUUGUACCACCUUUGGAUUUGCAGUCAGAAGACAAUUAUCCUACUACGCGUGACUAUACUUUCUCUUAUCGCAAACACUGCGAAGCUGCUAAGAUUGUUUUAAAACCAGACUUAGCAUAUGAAACAUGGUUAUCUGCCAAAAGAAAACUUAUUUCCGAUGAAGCUGCGCGUCGCCGUAAGGCUGAAGAACAGAAACGUAAGGAACAAGAGGCGAGAAAACGUCUUUCAGAAGAAAAGUUUCAACAGUGGUUGAAAUCUAAAUCACGGCAAACUCGUUCGAAUGAAAUAAUUAAAACUCAUGUCGAACAGGAUGAAAAACCCUUAAAAUCUCAAAUUAUUGAGGAAGAAGCACAAGCUAAAUUGGAGGCUUGGGAACGCACUAAACAAAUAGAGGUGGAACAACGACGUAAUAUUAAGAAGAAAGAAGAAGAACGACGCCGGGCUAUGGAAGAACAGCGACGGCAAAUGGCCGCUGAAGCGUGGAAAAAAUGGUUAGCUGAGGUGGAUAAGAAACCUCGACCGGUGCCACUUAAUCGUGGAAUAUUCACGUUGCGUGGGACUAUAUCCGAUAUUUUUGUUAACCCGAACGAGUGGCAAAGUACAAUACCUUUAGACGAAGACUGAUACUUUGCAUUGAAAUAUCACUGCUUUUAUUUAAUUAAUUCGUAAUUCAAUAGUGUUUACAUAUCAACUCAACAUUUAUUGGAAUGCUUGGAAGUUGAAAUGUUUUAGAACUACCAAAUUUUGUGGUGUGAUAUUAUAAAUGCAUAUUCACUUAUAAAUUGCAUAUUGUAUAUUUCCACGGAACUGUACGAAUUUUAUCAAAGAAAGUAAGUGUUAUUCUCUUAUACA